AUGGCUGUGGUGUCGGGCUUGUCGCUUGAGGCCCUUGCUCGGUGCAGCUCCGGAUCACCGAUCACCGCAUCGGCUCCGACGAUUUCUUGGAAGAGUCUCCUUGGAUGGGGGAAACGGCAGACCUCUGCACCUGCGAUUCAGCUCCAGGCUGAACACGCAAAUGCUUCUGCCCACCACCCGAAGGCUGGCUUCUGGUUGCGCGCGAGAUCCGCCAGUGCAGCUUCCGGCCGUCUACACGAAGUGUUGCACACGACAUCGGCCCACCAAGCUGUCGACCUG